AUUUAUAAAUGCUUAUGGAUGCAAAAUAUUGGUUAGACAGGAAGGGGGCAGUGAUCCACUGUGAGAGUCGGAAAGUAAAAUUGAAAUUAAAAGGGGAAGAAGAGUUUAUUCUUGUUUAUUUUUUAGAAGAGAUUUGAUCGGAUCACAAUGUUGAGAUUCAGUCUCCUGCUCACCCUGCUCCUCCACUCUGCCUGCUCGAUGCUGCUGGGAUGGGUGGAGUCUCCGGGGUAUCCCAGUGGAUACUUGCCCCAUGCCAGUCUAAACUGGAGCAGGUGUGCCCCCGAAGGUCACAUCCUGUCCAUCAGGCUCCUCCACCUGGACCUGGAGGACAGCCAGGACUGUGAAAACGAUGCUGUGAAGGUUUUUUCGAAUGGAAACUUAAUUUCUGUUCUGUGUGGAAAAAGGGAACUUGAGGAGCUUCAGUCCGUGGUGAAUCCCUCGCUCCUCUCCUCCCCGGGCGGCUGCCUCUCUCUAACUUUCCACUCAGACUACUCAAACACCAAGAGGCACACUGGCUUCAGAGGCUUUUACACUCUGCAAGACUUUGACGAAUGUGAGGACGACCCAGAAAACGGAUGCAGCCAGUUCUGUCACAACAUCAUCGGAGGGUACCGGUGCACCUGUCGCCACGGUUACCACCUGGGCCCGGACAAACAUACUUGCACCGUAAAAUGUAGCAAGGAUCUGUUGGGACUGAAUAAAGGCCACAUAACCAGCCCUUCCUGGCCCGGAUCGUAUGCAGAGAAUGCCAAAUGUCAGUACACCCUGUCAGUGGAGGCCCACCUGCAGCUGGAGCUGCACUUCUCCGGGCUUUUUGAUGUGGAGCAAAGCCCCGACGGUCAGUGCAUAGACGCACUGAGGAUACAGACUCCUUCUGAGAUUCUGGGACCAUUCUGUGGUCACACGCCUCCCCCAUCUCCCCUCCUCACUCACUCACAUCACGUCAUCGUCAGCUUCACGUCUGACGGCUUUGGCACCAACAAAGGCUUCACUUUCGACUUCAAGACCAGAGGCAAGGUCUGUCGGGCAGCGGUAACCUCACACUCCAGUGCGACCCCUCUGGAACCAGAGUAUCAUCAGGGUCAAACUGUGACAGUGACUUGUGAUCUUGGCCAUGUUGUGAAUACUAAAGGCCUCCUGACCCUGUCAUCACAGUAUGUGACCACAUGCCAGAGUACAGGCAUUUGGGCCCCUACUUACCCCUGUGAACCUGUGGAUUGCGGUCGUCCUGAUAUCCCAGAAGAUGGCAUCCUUCAGUUGUUGGGCUCACAUAACUCAAACACGCAGUACGAAGACCAGAUCCAGUUGAAGUGCAGUUCUGAGUACUACACACUUGAAGGAGACGACACAUACACUUGCAGUGCCAACGGUGAAUGGGUGUCAGCUGGUGGAGCAUCACAGAUGCCGAAAUGUACUCCAGUGUGCGGGAGGCCUGAAAAGGACCCAGCGAGUGCAGGCAGGAUUUUGGGAGGUCUCAAUGCAAACCUGGGAGAAAUACCGUGGCAUCUUUUGAUAAAAGAGCCAAAUAGAGGAGGAGCAUCACUGAUCAAUGACCGGUGGGCCGUCACAGCAGCUCAUGUUGUGGAGAGGUUAGCGGAAACCUCUCUGCGCCUGUAUGGUGGAUUGGUCGAUGGAAGGACGACAUCGUCUGGAUCGUCAAAUGUUGUUGUCCUGGACAGUGAGAGGAUCAUAAUUCACCCAGGCUACAUAAAAGGUGGUACUCAUGAGCAACACAUCAAUUUUGACAAUGACAUUGCUCUUAUCAGAUUUGCUUCCAGGGUGAAUUUUGGUCCAAACCUCCUUCCCAUAUGUCUCCCAGAAGUAAACAGGGGCCUGGAGGAAAAUGAGCAAGGUACAGUUUCAGGCUGGGGGAUGACAGAAGGGAGGAAUAAUCUUGUCACGUCUCGUAUGUUGAAAUACGCUCACAUCGGGGUCUACUCCCUUAAAGAGUGUCAGAAUACACCUAGGACAUCCGCUAACAGCCCCAUGAUUUUCACUGACAACAUGUUCUGUGCUGGAGCGACGGGGAAGGACAGCUGCCAGAAAGACAGCGGCAGUCCGUUUGUUUCACCUAUGUUGUCUUCAGGAAGAGGGCCUUAUUAUCUGACGGGCAUUGUGUCCUGGGGUCCCCCCUGUGAGGAGAGGAAGUUCAAGGGUUAUUAUACCAAAGUUGAGAAUUAUGUGGACUGGAUAAAGGAGACAAUGGAUAAGGUAGAUAACUCGUUUCUGUUGGUGUCAGUGUGUGAGUGCUGGCCGCUGCCCGACUCUGAGCCUCUGAUGCACGGUGAGGUCCAGUCUCCGCAGUAUCCACAGCCGUACCCUGCCAACCUGCUUGAGCAGUGGGACCUCAGUGUCCCCGAGGGCUUCCAGAUCCGACUCACCUUCACACACAUGGACAUCGAAGCUUCUGCGGGCUGCUACUACGACUCCCUCACAGUUCUCUAUGAUAACAAGGUCCUGGGAAAGUUUUGUGGCCACGAGAAUUCUGCCGACGGGCACCAUCCUGGCAACCAGCCCAUCGUGUCACCAGGCAACAGACUCACCCUCAUCUUCCAGACAGAUAAGACCAAUCCAGAGCAUCACCAGAAUGUGGGCUUCUCUGCUCAUUACCAAGCAAUGGACAUAGAUGAGUGUUCUGCGCCCGCAGCUGGAGAUGGCUCGGGUCCACUCUGCACUCAGAUCUGCCUCAACACACUUGGGUCAUACCUCUGCUCCUGUCACCACGGCUACGAACUUCGCUCAGACCAGCGCACCUGUUUGUUAUCCUGUGCUGGUGGUAUUUUUGAUGAGCCAGAGGGAUUUCUCUUCAGUCCAGGAUAUCCCAACUCCCCACCUCACGCCGUGUCCUGUCAGUACAUCAUUUCUGUAGAAUCUGGCUUCAUCGUGUCUCUCAACUUCUCUGACAAUUUCCACAUCGAGAGCGCGGACACCCAGCAAGGCCCAAGCUGUCUCCAUCACUGGUUGCAGCUGAUCGUUCCAGACAGAGAUUCCAUGAAGCUAUGUGGUUCAAAGAGUCCAGGUCUGAUAGUCACAAACUCCAACACUGUCAAACUGGACUACCACACUGACGACGAAGGCCUGAGCAACGGCUGGAGCCUGGACUACAGUACACACAGGACGCAGUGUCCAUUUCCUGGGAAUGUAGCUGAAGGGAGGGUCACACCCAUCUUGACCGAAUAUUUCUACAGAGACUACAUCUUUGUGCGCUGUGACCAAGGAUACAAGCUGAUGAUGGAUAGCCAAGAGAUUGACAGCUUCUCUACCAUGUGCCAAAGCAAUGGGCGGUGGCACCUCCCUCUGCCAGAAUGCCACAUAAUUGAUUGUGGAGAACCUGCACCUUUGUUGAACGGAGGGGUGACCUUCCUGUCCGGCUUUCAGAACCAGCACCGUUCUGUUGUUCAGUAUCACUGCAAUGAACCAUUCUAUUCUCUCCUUGGGGGCGUAAAUGUUAGCUUCACCUGUGAAGCAGACAGAAAGUGGCGAUCCAACCAUGAUGUUGUUGUCAGUCCAACAUGCAUACCAGUUUGUGGCAAGCCAACACAACACCUCACUGGCUAUCAGAGGAUCAUUGGAGGCAGUAUCGCUCCGGACCAUUCCAUCCCCUGGCAAGUGCUGCUGAAUGUGGAUGGACAACGAGGAGGAGGCAUGGUGAUCGGGGACCGCUGGAUCAUGACUGCGGCUCACGUCGUAAAAAAUGAUGGAAUUGCAGUGUCAAAUGACACUGUUCGGGUUUACAUGGGACUUACUGACGUUCAAAUCUUGUUGGCCUCUCCUGUUCAUGCUGCCUCAGUCCACAUUCACCCAGGUUACGACAACCCCAGCCGCACAGACUACAACAAUGACAUCGCCUUGAUCAAACUGCAAAAGGCGAUCACAUUCAGCUCAUCCGUUAUGCCCAUAUGUUUGCCAGCACAGGACGCCUCAUACGUCACUGGCAUGAUGGGACUGGUGUCAGGCUUUGGCAUUACAGAAAUUAACAACCGGCGGAUUUUGACAAAUAAGCUGAAAUACGUGCAACUCCCUGUGGUGGAGCAGGAGGUCUGCAGUGAAUCGAUUCAUUUGUACAAGAAGAAAAGGAACAACAUCCCAAACCUGACAAACAACAUGUUUUGCGCUGGAGUCCCUGAAGGCGGGAGGGACUCCUGCCAAGGUGACAGUGGAAGCCCCUAUGCCCAGAGUGAGAACGGACACUUCUGGGCUGCAGGGAUCGUCAGCUGGGGGAUUGACUGCGGACAGCAGGGAACCUUCGGAGUCUACACCAAAGUCAGCAAUUAUGUGGACUGGAUCCAGAAGACAAUGCAGGAGAACUGACAUCCUCCGAGUAGUUGGUUACAACCUGAUGAGAAGAAGACAUCUCAAAUAAAACAAGAGAAAAGAGAAA